AGUUUACCCAGUCAGUCAGCCUCUACUGCCUGUGUAGUGCAGUUGUGUUGUGAAAGUGUUAGUGCAACUCUGUGUUUGGAGCGAACUAGUCAGUAGUCAUGUCGGCGACAGUACAGACCACGAUAAAGGAGAAGUUGGACUACUACGUGGAGAUCCCGAUCCUGUCGCGAUGCUGCUUCUGCUUCCCACUGCGGAAGGGCCUCAUAGCCUUCGGGUACCUUAACUUUGCCCUCACCCUCGUCGUCACCACACUGCUCUCCAUCUACAUCUCGUACAUCCAGCGCGGGGAGACGGCAGCGCCCCCCGGCACAGAGUACCCUCGCCUCAUCGUGGACGCGGCUGGCAUGGUGCUGGAGCUGAUUAUGACUGUGCUGUUCAUCGUGGGGUUACACCUGAAACACGUCCUCCUCAUGAAGAUUUACCUGUACUUCGAGAUCGUGUUCUCAGCCAUUGGCUUCGUGUACAGCCUCGCCUUCCUCACGCGCGAGUCCGCGGGAGAGCUGUUCCUCAUACUAUUCCAGCUGACUGUACAGAUGUACCUGGUGAUUCUGAUCUGGAGUUCCAUUGUGAAGAUGAAGAGGAACGUCUCCGUCAACUACAUGAGACAAGACGACACCAACGCGUAACCAGACUGAUAGAAUAACACCACUAGCGCUAGUCUGGGUUAUUGCUGUUCUUGUCUAAAGAUAGCCAUCCCUUUCUUACAUAAUAUAGUGUAACAAAAGAUUAGCUCAUAAAAGUCAAUUUAAAUUACUUUCUGUACUUUUAAAGUGCGACAAGGCUAUAAAUGAAC